ACCGGUGUUGUUCUUCGUGACAGAGAUUUACGUGCUAUUUAAUGAACACAGAAUAAUUCACGUGCAAUCAUUUUUUUAUGACUCAUCAUCUCUCUCUGUAUUAUUUUAUAUUUUUAAAAAACUUAUCGAUCUCUCGCAGCCAAUUCUCGCGAUUCGAUUGUCGUCUGCGCAAUGUAGGGAUAUAACUUAAAAUAUGAUAAGAUCGGCAAAUGAAGACGAACAAAUGGAAACUAAAAAUUAAAAAUUUAAGAAGAUUAUGAGUUAACUGAUAGGAAAAGGAAGAACAGUAAAUAAAUAAAGUCAAGCAUUCAAUGGAUCAUCAUGGCUGACUCUGAAUCAAAACUCCGAGUCAGAUUUUCUCAGAAUAUUCUACUAUCCAGGUAACGCAGAGCUUUGGAUAAUAUUCUAAAGUACAGCUGCAAGAUGUCCUUUAAAGUGAGAUUAGCCCGCAGCAGACCUAUGCGUUUGUUGGGCAGCAUUGCUCUUAAAUGCUGGGCCUUCUCUGGUGUCUAUUUGCUAGUUUGCUUUCUUCUGUACUGGCUGUAUGGUGGAGUCUUGGCCUUUCUUCUGCUCUGCUUGGCCACAACUGGGAUAUUAUAUCAUAGAGAAGAUCAACUUCUCUAUCAUCCAGAGUUGCCUGCGCACUCCAGAGUAUAUGUCCCUGCUCCUUCCAUCUUCAGUCUACCAUAUCAGAGCAUAUAUACCAGAUCUGGGGAUGGAACAAUGCUGCACAUGUUCUUCAUUUCUCAACCAGAAGACAAAAUGAAGAAGGUGCCUACUAUUUUGUUUUUUCAUGGCAACGCUGGCAAUAUGGGUCACCGACUACAGAAUAUAGCGGGUUUGUAUCACAAUGUACAAUGCAACAUUCUUAUGUUAGAAUAUCGAGGAUACGGCUUGUCGCAAGGUUCUCCGUCGGAAGAAGGUUUUUACAUGGAUGCUCGAGCGGGAAUUGACUAUCUGUCCACUAGGACUGACAUAAAUACUAAUGAAAUUAUUGUGUUUGGUAGAUCGUUAGGUGGUGCGGUAGCGAUCGAUUUAGCCACGAAGGAGGAAAAUUCGCGGCGAAUUUGGUGCCUUAUCCUAGAAAACACCUUUACCAGUAUACCAGACAUGGCCGCACUCUUUGUCGGCUCCAAGUUUUUGCAAUAUCUACCGCUCUUUAUAUAUAAAAACAAGUAUCUGUCUAUCCUCAAAGUGCGCUCCGUUAUUGUGCCGACACUCUUCAUUUCCGGUUUGGCGGAUACUCUAGUGCCACCGCGUAUGAUGCAAGACCUCUAUAAAACUUGCCGGAGCGGUCACAAGCAACUAUUUCCCGUCGCCGGUGGCACACAUAAUGAAACGUGGUGUCAGCCCGGAUACUACCAGCACAUUUGUGCUUUUUUGACCGAGCUCAGGGAAAAUCCGCCUCCGAGAGUGGCGUCUAGUCAUUGGCACAUAGACGAUAUCUAGCGAUAAAUUCAAUAUCUAGCGAAGGAUUGAUUUUAUAGGAAAGGGAUAUAAUUCGAAAAUUAACAGGAAGGACUUAAAAAUAAAAGUAUUCAAUGAUAA